AUGGGUUCAGCGCAGAAGUCUAAUGUCACUGUGUCCUGGUUUAUAGAUAUAUUUGUAGAUGACUAUGAGUUUCUGUAUGACUUUAAAGUUGUAUUUCCCCCCCAGGACGAGGCGAUCUCCGUCAGAGAGCUCAAGGAGAUGCUCGACGGCGUUCUCAGCAGAAGAAAAGAGAUCAAGUUUGACGGCCUGAGUCUCAGCACCUGCCACAGCAUCAUCAACCUGAUGGACGUGGAUAACACCGGGCAGCUGGAGUUCCAGGAGUUCAAGGUCUUCUGGGAGAAGAUGAAGAAGUGGAUUAUGCUCUUCCUCUCCUUCGACACCGACCGCUCCGGGAAGAUGUCGUCCUACGAGCUGCGCAUCGCUCUCAAAGCUGCAGGCAUGCAGCUGAACAACAAGCUGCUGCAGCUCGUCGGUUUGAGGUUCGCUGACGAAAACUACGACAUCGACUUCGACGACUACCUGACCUGCAUCGUGCGUCUGGAGAACAUGUUCAGAGUGUUCCAGGCUAUGGACCAAAGGAAGAGCGGCCGGGUGAAGAUGAACAUCAUGCAGUUCCUGAUGUUGUCGAUGAACGUCUGAGGAGGAAACGGAAGCCGCCACAAGAACAAAGUGUGUGUUGAAUAUUCUCUGUAACGGUGCAUCUUUCUCUUUCUGUUUUUUAAUGUGAGAAUCCGUCUGCAGGGCUGGAACUUUGGGAUCAAAAUGUUAACCUUUGCCGAGUCAUACUUUUGGAUUGAAAACAUGUUUUAUUUUCUCUCUGCUCUCGGCGUGAAUGGAAAUAAAUGUUGAAUAAAAUGCAAGGCUUGAAUGUGCAAAUAUG